AUAGGAUAUUACGUGGAAUAUUGAGGAGAGGACUUUGUUUUAUUUUCCCUUUUUCGGCGGUUCAUGAUUUCAACGUUUUUCGGUUUUGCCCCUUGACACUAAACAAACAGGCCCUAACACGCUUUCUGUAACAAAAAAAACCCACUGCCUCUUUUUUGAGAAGAAAAUUCCAGAAGAAAAGUUUAGACGUCGCUUGCACGAUCGCUGUUGCUGUUGCUGAGUAGAUUACACAGGGUUUUGGAAUUUGAAUCUUGAUGGCUGAGGAUAACACAGAUGAACUUGCGAGUCCAGCAACAAGUGUGGAGAAUGACUCUAUGGCUGAGAAUACCACCGAUGAAUUAAUGAGUCCAGUAGCUAGUGUGAAGAAUGACUCUAUGGCCGAGGAUAACACUGAUGAAUUAGUGAAUCCAGUAACUAGUGUGGAAAAUGACUCUGCUGGAAGUGAACCAGAUAGAAUCAGCACAAGAAAACCAGGAUCUUUGAGUAAUGCACACAAGGUUCUUCCCUGCUAUCGCAACUCCUCCUCUACAUCUAAUAAUGGAGGUAAUACAAGAAGGCAAUCCACUGGGAAGUUGCAUUCUCCUGACAGUGGACAAGAUGUUCUUCCUCAUUAUCUGAGAGCUUCCACUGGUUCUUGCCAUGACUUCUGUAAAUAUGGCAAGAAGCAUUCCUCUGAACCAAAGCCAUGGCAUUCUCUAUCAAAAAGAAAGAACAAUCUUCCUGCUGAUGAGCAGAGUCCUGCACAAACCUUGGUGGGAGAGGCAAAAAAGGGGACUUCGGUCAGGCAGAAGCCUUCCACUCCUCCAGGGAGUGUGCUGGGAGAGAAAAAGAAGGUGACUGGAGUUGAGCAAAAGCCUUCCACUUCUCCGGGGAGUAUGCUGGGAGAGGCAAAGAAAAGGAUUGUGGUCAAGCAAAACACUUCCACUACUUCAGGGAGUAGCCAGGGAGAGGCAAAGAAGGGGAUCUUGGUCAAGAAAAAGCCUCCCACUUCUCCAAGGAGUAUGCUGGAAGAGGAAAAGAAGGUGAAUGUGAUAAAUCAAAAGCCUUCAGCACCUCAGGAGAGUGUACUUGAAGAUGAAAAGAAGGUGGCUGUGGUUGAGCAAAAGCCUUCUUCUUCUCCAGGUAGCAUACAGGGAGGGGUGGAUGAGGUGACUGUGGUUGAUCAAAAUUCUUCAGCUUCUCUGGAAAGUAUGCUAGGAGAGGGAGAAAAGGUGACUGCAGUUGAGCAAAAGCUUUCUACUCCUCCAGGGAGUGCGCUGGGAGAGGGAAAGAAAGUGACUGUGGUCAAUCAAAAACCAUCCGCUCCUCCAGGGAGUAUGCUAGGACAGGGAAAGAAGUUGAAUGUGGUCGAUCAAAGACCUUCUUCCAAGGUUCACUCUCAUGAACCCUCAGAAAUGAUAAAGAAAAAGGCACCGCUGCCACCAAAGAGUGUUCACUCUCUGAAAUUGGAUUCCUCAAGUUACAAGAUGCCAGAGACGGAGAAGAAAAUGAAAUCUGUUUUGGCAAAGCAUUCUCCUCCUGAGCAGACAAAGCUCAAAAUGGUAAAAUCUUCGUCUAAGAUCUUAGGAGGUGUAGAUGCAGGAGUCAGAAAAGCCGGUGCUGUUAAUUCUAGAAAACAAAAAAUUGUGUCUAAAGUAUCUGCAGAGAAGUCUUUGAAGAUCCCAACUCUUUCAUGUUCUCCAAAAUCUUCCUCCGUUAAACCUUUGAUCUUGAGGGCAAGAAACAGUAUAAGCCUUAAACUGCUGUCUCCUCUGAAGGACCAGAACAAGAUGCGGAGAGAUGGAACCAACAAACCAAAGUCUUCCUCCCAGUCACAAUCACAUUCGUUGUCUAAUGAAGAGGAUAAAAAAGUUGUUAAGUCUGCAGGCAGUGCAUCAGGUAAAUACACGUCUAGCAGCAAAAAGUUGUUACACAUAGCAGAAGCAGAAACUGAUGGGAAAAAUCAGAAAAAGACAUUGAGGAUAGGCAAGACAGUUGGUUCUAAUGAUUAUAAUUCUUCAGUGGUGAAACUGAAAUUCAGGAGGGGUAAGGUAAUUGAUCUCCAGCCAGAAACCAGCAGCCCUAGGAGGCUGACAUUUAGAUUGGGACGACAUAUGGGUGAAAGCCAGGACAGUAAUAUAAGAAAGAGAAAUUUUAGAAAGAAAGGAGUUGAUGAUGACAGAAGUAAUACUGUCCUCAACUCUGGAAAAAUUAUUUUGAGGCAUCAGGAUGUGCAGGAAAAGAAAGAUGUGCAGGGUUUGUUGAAUAAUGUGAUUGAAGAGACGGCGAGUAAGCUUGUUGAAACCAGGAAAAGCAAGGUUAAAGCUUUGGUGGGAGCUUUUGAGACAGUGAUUUCCCUCCAAGAUAAACCUUCUACAGUCACAGUUUCUUGAUUAACAACCAUAAUAUUUUAACACAUAGGAGCAAUUGCAAAUAUAGUGGAUGAUAUAGCUUUUCUGACCUGGUUUAAGUAUGUUUGUCGUGUUUCUCAUUCUGACUCACCGUCUUAACGAUUUCUUGAUGGCUUGCUGGUUC